AUGCAGGUGAGCCAUCCAAAAAUUGCAUCGACAACUGCGUCAAAUGAGGGCUCAUUCAAAACGCCACCGCAGGUUGUGCAGAAUGACGGGUGUCCAGGCGCACCACGAAAGGCCACACCCAACGACCCAGAUGCUACCAAGGUGGCGGCAGAUGGCUUCAAUUCUGUUUCGCAGAACAUUACAUUUGACGAUGCAUUGGAAUUGCACGUAGGUCAGAAACAGAGAACACCUGCAAAUGGGUCGGUCAUCGUUGGAAUUCCCCCUCUACGCGUCUGCGAGGCCAGCACCCCAAGCAAAUGCACCAGUUGUCAUUGA